AUGACACCAAUCACGUCGUCGGGGCUGCUGGCAGCCACUUGCGUGCUGAGCUUUUCCAUCCGCCUCUUCCCAGUCAUCAAGUGGGGAAGUGUUGUUCAUGAAUUCGACCCCCAGUUCAACUUCCGCGUCACCAAGUUCCUCGCUCAGCACGGUGUCUACGAGCUUCUGGACUGGUUCGAUGACCGCGCAUGGUAUCCCUUAGGUCGUGUGGUGGGUACGACAGUGUACCCCGGUCUCAUGGCCGGCGCCGUGGCGCUGCAGUGGCUCUUGAGCCAAUUCCUACGAGUCCCGCUCUCGAUCCGCGACGCCUGUGUCUUUUUUGCACCAGCACUUGCCGCUCUCGCCUGCGUGGCGCAGUUUCUGCUCACUUUGGAGGUCACAGGAAACGUCCCGACGGCGCUGCUGUCGGCCAUGCUCUUGGGGGUUUCGCCCGCGUACAUCUCGCGGUCUACUGCCGGCUCUUUCGACAAUGAAGGAAUUGCCAUUUCUCUGUUGAUCUUUACCUUCUACUUGUGGGUAAAGGCUGUCAAGACGGGUUUGAUGCUCUGGGCGGCGCUGGCUGCGGGUGGGUGUGUUGCCAUGGCGCUCUCAUGGGGAGGAUACGUGUUCAUUGUAAAUCUCAUCCCGAUUCACGUCUUGGUGAUGCUGUUAUCGGGCAAGUACUCAUCCAGGAUCUAUGUGGCGUACUCGACGUUUUACCCGCUUGCGACGCUCGGGGUGAUGCAGGUGCCUUUUAUUGGGUUUAAUGCAGUCCUCAAGGGUGAGAAUGCUGGUUCCCACGGAGUGUUCGCGCUUCUGCAAGUCUACGCCUUUAUGCAAUGGUUGUCGACACAGCUCUCGCCACAUCACUUUUUGCAGCUUCUUCGAAUUGUUGUGAGGACCGGUACUGUGAUCGUCGUUGGCGGGUUGCUGCUCGUACUUCUGCUGGGAAAACUUCAAUGGAGUGGGCGAAGUUUGACACUACUGGAUCCAACGUACGCGUCCAAGUACAUUCCAAUCAUUGCAUCAGUGGGAGAACACCAACCGACUGUGUGGUCAGCGUUUUACUUCUCACUUGGACCAGCGAUGCUUUUCAUUCCUUUGGGACUGUUUUACACGUUUCAAAAGAUGGACGCUGCCUCCGUCUUUAUGAUCGUCUACAGCACAUUUGCUUUCUACUUUUCAGGUAUCAUGGUUCGGUUGUUGCUCACCCUGGCUCCAGUGGCGUGCUAUCUUUCAGCUGUUGGUUUAUCCGGGUUCGUGCACAAAAUCAUCGAGAGUACGCGUGGAGGGCCAGAUGAGGUGGAAGAAUGUCAAGCAGAGACGACGAAUGGGGCGUCAAGUACCGUUGCAAUAGGAGGCGAAGAAAGACAUUGUGAAGAGGAGCCUAUUGAAGACGUUCUUUCAGCCGUCGGCACUAUGUUGCGCUUCCAGUCUGACGAAAGGGUUGAUAGCAAAAAGCGGAAGGCUCCAAAAGCGCUACUGCUACUAGCUGUCGCUUGUGGGCUCCUCCUCGUUAUUCACGUUCGUCAGUCUUUCAAGAUUGCCAAGAAAGUGUUCUCAUCAACGUCACUUGUAUUCGAAAAAAUGAACAUGACAACAAUGAAAAAGGACUUGCACGACGACUACCGUGAAGCAUUUGCCUGGCUGCGACAAAAUACUCCCGAAAACGCCAAAAUUUUGAGCUGGUGGGACUACGGAUACCAGAUCGCCACGCUGGCAAAUCGUACAGUAUUAGUUGACAACAAUACGUGGAAUAAUACGCACAUUGCUACUGUUGGUCGUGUACUAGUCUCUCGAGAAGAUGAUGCUGCGCCAAUCUUACAAAGUUUCGGUGUCAACUACGUUUUCUUGCAGUUCGGAGGCAAAGUUGGCAUGCCUGGUGAUGAUCUCGAUAAGUUGCCGUGGAUAGUCAAGAUCUCAGAGGGAGUGUUCCCUGACGAUAUCAUUGAGUCCGAGUUUCAAGUGAAUGGGCAAUAUAUUUUUCAUGAGAAUGCAACUCUCGCCAUGACGGAAAGUGUUCUUUACAAGCUCAGUUAUUUUGAGUUUAACCAAGUGCGGAGCUCGAUGGGCACAGAGGACAAAGAUCCCGUUUUUGGCUGGGAUUUGAAUCGACGAGUGAGAAUAUCGCAGCAGGACAUUGAUCUACACCAUUUUCAGCACGUGUUUACCUCACGUGAAUGGAUCGUUCGGAUUUACCGGGUCAAGCCGGCAGCUGCGUUUCCGCUGUCGACUUAA